AUGCAAAUGAGGACUAAAGUGCAGCUCCUCCUCGCGGACCUCGGCAGUUCUCUUGGGGUUCCAAUCGAUGACAAGAGGCCGGUCUACUCCCUGUCAGAUGCAGCUGAGCUGAGUCAUGCAUUGAAGGGAGCUGCUGAGGGUUUGCAACGCGAUCGGAAGCUCUCUCAACAGCGUUGUGAAGAUUUGCAACGACAGUUGGAGCGUGCCAAUUCGGCGCUCGAACAAGCACGGGAAUCUGCAGGAGGGUUGUUGGAAGAAUUCAGAUCCAUUUUGAAGGCGAUGAGUUUCCCUGUGGGAGAUAGUUGGGGUGCUGACUCCCCGGGGCCUGUCGUUGACAAGGUGCGCAGACUGAGAGAUGCGGCAAACGAAUCUCGAUCACGUGUGGAGGAGUUGGAAAGGGAUUGUAAACGUCUUCGGGGAGAAGUUGAAAACUCUGGCGCUGAGCUGCGCUCGCGAGAGGAAGAGAUCAGCGUGUUACGUCAUAAACUGGAGGCAACUGAGGAAGCUAGAGCGGAGUUGGAAGGCAGGUUGACGGUCAUGUGUGAUGAAGUUGCCACGAGCAGCGAUAUAGCGCAGUCGGCUCGGAUGGAGGUCGCCUCGAGAGUAGCUGAAGUAGAGCGGCUCACAGCCAAGAACAAGGAGUUGCUGGAGGAGAUGUGUCAAGUCCGGGAGAAGUCGUCGAUGACGGCUAAGGAGUUGGAGGGACGAUUUCGAGAGGCGGCAUCCAUGACUUUAAGCGAUGCGCUUGGCAAUCUCCAGGCGCUUGAGGAUGAGCACUCAUCAAGUGCCAUAGGAAUGCAUCAGUGUUGGCGAGAAAGGUGUGGUAUGCUGAUAGAAGACGCUCGAGCUGUCUGUCACUCGCUGGAGCUGCGAGGGCGGACUGCGGAGGCAUCAGCUGAAUGGGCCGGCGUCCUUCUUGAGGCAGCCCGUGAGCAUUCUGAUGCUGUGUCGAGUGAACUACACGAUGUGAAGGAGGGGGUGGAGGAUCUCCGGGAGGAGCUGGAGAGAGCUCAAGAUUUGAUG